CUCGGUCAGUGAAAAGUUAAUAAUGUUGUUAGCGGUACUUUUUACAGUUGUAUCGUUUAGUGUUUUAGUACAGAGCAAUGACAAACUGGAUGAGCUUAAACAACAAUAUUUACAAAUGAUCAUGGAUUGUUCUGCGGCCACACCUUUGACCGAAACAGAUAUUGAACAGUUGAAAAAUAAACAAAUGCCAGACAAGGAAUCGAUCAAAUGUCUCUUUGCAUGUGCUUAUACUAAAGCAGGCAUUAUGAGUGAAGACGGAUUUCUUUCUGUUGAAGGAACAAACAAGCUUGCCCAAACAUACUUAGAAAAUGAUCCUGAGAGGCUAAAACAAGCGGAGCAGCUGACAGAGGCUUGUAAAUUUGUAAAUGACGAAAAUAUAGAUGGGAAUAUAGCCUGUGAGAGAGCUGCUUUAAUUUUCAAAUGUACCGUGGAUAGGGCUGAAGAGGCAAUGACAGAUGAAGAAGCCAAAGCAGAUUUUGCGAAGGCGAUAAUGGCAUGUGCUAAAGACGCAUCCGUAGAUAUGAGUGAUAUUAUGUCUUUAGCCAGUCUGAUUGUACCGACAGACUAUAAAGUGAAAUGUGUUCUCGCCUGCGCGUAUCGGAAGAAAGGAUCGCUGAAUGCUCAAGGCAUGUAUGACAUCGACGGGGCAUAUGCACUAGCUGAAACCAUGAUGAAAGGCGAUGAAGUACGAAUAAAAAAAGGAAAGGAAUUAGCAGAUGUUUGCGCCGCUGUAAACGAUGAGAAAGUGAGUGACGGAGAAAAGGGGUGCGACAGAGCUGCAUUGAUGUUCAAAUGUGGUGUUAAAAAUGCUGCUAAGUAUGGCUUCAAAUUAUAACCAGCUAAUACCCACCAUGUCCAGUGAUGCUCCACAUGAU